AUGCAACCCAUUGCACAGGGCAACACGCCGCGGAGCUCCCCCAAGGAUGCUUCCCGCGCUACAGACUCGGGCCUCGGUUCCGUCAUCGAAGACGGCAACGCCCUCAUCGGCAUCCUAAAGUCUGGCAAGGGAUGCCGGCGACACAAAAAACAUCGCCGCCGAUCAAUCCGGUGGGGCAUAGACCCGGAAGGCAGCAACCAGCAGGAGAACGCAGCUGCAGCCGAAAGCCAUGCCCCGGUCGUCCCUGCAGCAGCUGCGAACCCGUCAGUUCAACAGGCAGCGCCAGCGCAGGCAACACCCGUUGCGGGUCAAGUUCUUGCGGCCUCCGGGACGCCGUCAGCGUCGGCAAUCCCGACAGGAGCAAGUGUGUCAGCUGCGCCCCAACGGGCGCCGGCUACUGUGCGAUCACCAGUUCUGCCUUCAGUUCCUGCGGUGCCGGCUACGUUGGGGCCGCAACAGGCGCAGUCCAUCGCGCCUCACGGUGCCAUCAACAACGUGGAUCGCCCUCACGCCGAGCCCGCGGUGAGCAAGCCUGUUUCGCCUGCUCCAGCUGCAUCGCCUGAGGCGGUCGCCAUUGCUGCGGCGCCGCUCUACUAUAACGUCAUACCGGCAGCCGAGAACGCCGCCAUCCACGUUCCAGCGCAGUCCAUUCCAACAGCGCAGGAAGUCGAUGGUACGACUUGCUGUCCGGCGGGCGUUACGGUGGGAGCGAUGUUGACCCUGGCUCUGGCAUUCGCAACGCUGGGUCUGCUCGCCUUCUUCGCGCUAUUCACCGACACGCUGCAGAUGGAGACGAACGCUGGCGACGAGAGUGCAGAGUUGACGCCACUCACCGACUUCAAAGCGCCCGCGACGAACGAACACCCGAACAAGCAGUUCACAACACCUGCGACGAUCCCGACCCUGCGCGUAAACACCGAAGGAAGCGGGAUUCGCAGGGCGGGUCGGGAAAGGGCGGAGGACAAAGGAGAAGGAGGAUUGCCCUCGAUUGAUGGGGAAGGACAAGGAGGAUUGUCCUCGCUUGAUCCUACGACUCCCGUGACCGAGCCGCUCACGCCAUUGUGA